AUGCACUUAAAUGUAGUGUAUCUUGUCUUGCAGUGCAUUCGUCGAUUCUGUGAUGAGAAGGAUGUGAAGUACAUUUUCAAUGGUUUGAAGUACUUAUCAACAAUCGUUGCAGUUAUUAUACGAACUGUUUAUGAAAUGAAAAAGGGAAAGACAUCCUGGAUGGUGUUAGCUUUGAUUAGCUCAGCUGUCGCAACGACAAUGAAUACGUAUUGGGACAUUGUAAUGGACUGGGGCCUUCUGCGAAAGACAUCAAAGAACAAGUAUUUGAGAGAUAGACUUGUAGUUCCACACAAGAUCGUAUACUUUGCAGCCAUGGUCUUGAAUGUAGUAUUGAGACUUGCUUGGAUGCAGUUGGUGUUGGAAUUUAAAUUGCGUACCAUUAAUAAAAUGACAAUAACAACUGUCAUCACCUUCCUAGAGGUCAUUCGUCGUGGCAUUUGGAGCUUCUUCAGGUUAGAGAACGAGCACUUGAACAAUGUAGGCCAGUACCGCGCUUUCAAGUCAGUCCCUCUUCCCUUCAGUUACUACGAUGAGGACGCUGACAAGGAUGACUAAACAUGACACAGUCUCGCUCCAUUCAUGCACCCGAGUAUAAUGAAGCAGCAAACCAAGAACAAACGUACGAUCUGUGGUUAAUUGUGGAGAAUUCACAAUUAACAUAUGUAGGCUCAUUUCGUAAUUGUACAUAUGAAAUCGCCUUGUUCGUUGUUGAUCCUGA